AACAUCCGGGGACUGAUGAACUUCCCUCUGAUAGCAUCAUAAUGAAAAUUGUCUGCUCAAAAUAUUUUAUAUCAUCUCCGGUUAAAAACAAUUCUUCUACGACUAUGCAAUCUAAUCAAGCUAGAAAUCGAUUAUACAAAGGACACGAUAUUAAGAAUUUAGAUCAUGCAAUAAUAAAAGUGUUUACAAAUCAAUCUUCAUGGGAAAUUGAAAAGAAGUUUCUCUGUAGCUUAAAGUCAAAAUUUGUUAUCAAAUGGCUGGAUAUGGAAAUCAAUAAUCAUUUCGGCUUUGUGUCUGUUACCUCUUAUGCUGGUGAAAACUUGGAAACAAAAAAAUAUAUAUUUAAUGGUGCAAUUGCAAAAAAGCAAAUCCUAUUAAGUAUUUCUAGAGCAAUUGAAUUUCUUCAUGGUGAAAAAGUUGCUCAUCUCGAUUUGAAGCUCUCAAAUAUUAUUUGUAAGCCGAACAACCCAUACAAGAUACGCCUUUGUGAUUUUGAAUCGGCGAAAAAUUUCGGUGACUACCUACAAUCCGAUCACUUUUGCUCAUGUGGAUUUAGUGCCCCUGAGAUUGUGCAACAUGCUACUAUUAAAGUUGGCUCUGCUCAAGAUAUAUUUAGCUUAGGUUGCAUUUUCUAUUUCAUUCAUAAGAAUAUGCGCAUUUACGAUGCUUUCGACGAUUUACGCAAUUCAACUUGUUUUGAUCAUCGUGUUUAUGGUGAAAUUGUUGACGAGCAAGCUGCAAAUAUUACUUUACGAAUGUUAGAUUGGAAUCCAAAUGAUCGUCCAACAAUACAAAAAGUGAUAGACUCGGAUUAUUUUAAAUGA